AUGUCCGAUAAAAUCAUGAACGAAGCUGACACUGUGGAGAAACUUCGUGAAAUGGCAAAAAUCGCUAGUAUUUAUCAUAGAAAUAGAACGAAAUUGGUACGAAAUAGAAAUCUUUCUCACGUGGUUCAUGCUGGCUUGCAUCUUUUCCAAUUUAUUAUCAGUCUUGUGUUGAUACUCUUCCAUCACAUCCAUCAUUAUGUAAACAGGCAACGUCGAAAGGAAGACGAGUCCGUACCCUAUUUGCCUGAAGAGACAAAUGUAAUUUUUUUAAUCUAUCCAUUGUGCAUGCUUGCGAGCCUAACAUUCGCAGCUAUAUGGAUUUCCACAGAUAUUUUCAGGAGAAAUCCAAAAAUCGUUCUUAUUGGAUGCUUUGUAGCAGCUUCUUUAAUGUUUAUAAUCGGAAUAGUCGAAAUGAAGCACGCAGAUUGGUAUCUCGAUCUAACUGAAAUCAACGACGACGAACUGUUGGUACACCCAAUUUUUAUUCACAACUUCAUCAUGUGCUUGAUAUCGAUUUUCUGUAUGAGCAUCUACCUUAUACAAGGUUGGAUUUUGUUAGAUUAUUAUCAGUGGAUAAGAAAACAAAGUGGAGUUAGUGAUCUUCAGUAUACUGACUCUGAGACGGGCACCGAUGCGAUACAAGGUCUUAGUAGACAAGAUGAAAUACAUAAAACAGUGUACCAUGAAGCACCUGGCAAGCUGGUUCCGAUUGCUACGUUAGAUACGCUUCCUUCCUUACAAGAAUCGAAGACAUUGAAUAUAGAUGAAGAAGAUGUUAUUUUUUACUGCUGCUUCGUCGAUUGGUAUAAUUACCUCAAACAGAGAAGACAAAUGGAUCAACCACUGCAUGAAUUUCAAGUAAUUCACGUCAUGUAAUCUUUCGUCUUAAAUUCUAUUACAAUUGCAAGGGAUACAAUGCAUCCGUUGUUUCCGAAACGUGAAGCAGACUUAUGCAAAUUUAAAGAAACUUUUAAGAAAUUUAAAAUCUGGUAACUUUUUCAUCGAUAACUAUGAAGAUUACCACGUUAUGUCAGAGAGGGCGCAAAAUGCUAGUGAUUUGUUUAGUGGUACAGACAAGAUACAGUAUGAGGCUACAAACAAGGCACAAAAUAAAUUUCCCAUCUUAUUACAUGGCUACAUUAAUAUAUGUUUAGUACCACAUGAAUGAAAAUAUUAAUUCCAAGGACAAUCGAAGGUUUAUCCAGCAUUUAGAAAGAUCUUAGAAAUUACAUUCAAUUAUGCUUUAUAUUCAUAUUCUUUUAUAUCGAUGAAAGUCUUGAAAA